GUGCAAAUUACCUCCGCUGCGUCAUCCCACUCUAGCCUCCUGCCCCUGCUCCUCACUCAUGCUCCCCAUGCUCCCCAUGCUCCUCAUGCUCCUCAUGCUCCUCACGCUCAUGCUUUUGCUCGCUCAUGCUCAUGCUCAUGCUCAAACCAUCAGCGCAAACCAUCAGCGCAAACCAUCAGCGCAAACCAUCAGCGCAAACCAUCAGCGAUUUAGCACAUGCAAGCAAGCAAGCAAGUACCACAUCCGGAGCACGUCCGGCUACAUCCCAUCCCACCGCCCAGACUCCCAUCCCACUACCCAGAGAUACCACCGCAUGCGGUUUCUUCCGUAGUUAACGUUGUUGCCCCGGCUGUUGUUAUCUCUCUCUCUACAACUACCUGACGGAAAGCCGCAUCACCGCCGCCACGAAACAAGAGCUGUGGCACACAAUACCCACACAAUACUCAGCCUUCAAGUAUAGGUAUGAUUAAGUAUUUC